UGCUAAGCAAUUAUCAUAACGAUCUAAAUUUUGCCAUUACAAUUAUAUUCUGUCUCCUAUAGUAAAAACUGUUCUUUAAAUGCUUGAGUUGUGGUUGUCAGAUUUUUUCAAAAAGAAGAAGGUUUAACACUUUGGGCUUGUGUUCAUCUCAUUAAUGUGCUUGUGCAAUGAAAUAUAUGUUGAAAUGAGGAACAUGUUCGUAAGGCGUCAUACACGUGUACAAGAUGUCAAGAUUGUCCACGAAAUGUUGGUGUCCAACACGUGUUUGAUACGUCACCUCUGUAAAUGUGUGUGUGCCUCUUAGGGUAGAAAAAUCCAUUAUCUAUAAUGUAUAUCAAAUUUUGUUGAGUUUCCAAUUCCACAUAUAGAAACUUAAAAAACUAAUAAAUGUUAUAUAUUUUCUCAUAAAAUAUACAUAUUCAUAACAUAUGUACGUCUAUAUGACCAACAGGCCUGUGGCCUAGCGGUAUAAGGCUCCCACUUCCCAAAGGAAAGUCAGGGGUUCGAACCUCAGUGGAGGUAGUAUGUGUGAGUACCAACUAGGAAAAAAAAUGUAUGUCUAUAUGUUGUUGUGUUCUCAUCGUGUAUGUGUUUACUCUUCAGGAUGUCAUUGUGAUUUGGUGAAACUGUCUGGUGCUCAGUUGUGUCCGUAUCUUACAUCCAUACCUAUGCUUCUCUGCUCUAACAUGUCUCCUUACUGCUAUUUAUCAGUUAUGCUUUUGGAAUCAUGAAACAUUAGUUUUAAGUUAGCUAUCACCCAAAUUUACAUGAUUGAAAUAGAUUUAAGGGAUCGGUCUUGAAGAAAAAGAAAAAAAAUUGAUUUGCAGAACUAGCUAUUAGAGUUGUAUCUCCUGCAACUCACAAAAGGGGAGAUGCAAAUUUCAAGCCCUCUCGUUGGGAUGUCUUGGGUUGCUGAGUGGGUGUAAUCUUGCUUAUCGGAAAAAACCGGCUUGCAGAAAAGUACAUCCACAGUAUUUGAUUGAUCAUUGAUCAUCAACAGGAAUAUGGGCCUUCUCUGAGUUGAGUUAGUUCUAUUUGUUCCGGAAAUGAUUAAUAGCAAUGGGCUGGGCAAAAGUGGGAGUGGCAUGCCCGCUUACCAUAAGCAGCCACCUGUAACAAUAAAAAAGAUUGCACUGAGGGAUGUGCAGAACAAUAACUUGAGCUUGAUACAUGACCAUCCAGAAAGUUCACCUCUGCUGGAGGGAAGACCCAUUGCAGAUGCAACCAAGAUUUCUGGGACUAAGAGACUUACACCUGAGUAUACUUCAAUCCCUCCCUUUCUGCCAUCACUGAGCAAUAAUGGUGCCAGUGAGCAUCUUGUAUGUGCCCGUAGAAAAUUUGAAUCAGAAGUAGGCAAAGGAAGAAUUCAGGACACGUCGGACAAAAAUGCUGAUUUUCUCCCAUCGAGUUCAAUGAAUUUUUGCCACAAGCAGCAGGAAAUACCCCAGCAACAAACUGAGAUGAGAAAGAGGAAUAUGCAUUGUUUUCCUGUAGUUACACCAAAUCAUAUGGCUUCAACAAUGACCUUCUCGUAUGGUGCACCUUCAUUUUCCAUUUCUCAUGGGAAGCCUGGUAAUAGGCUGCCACUGCCAGGUCCUGAAUCUAAAUGCCUUAAGCUUACCUCAGAAGUUCAUCAUUCCAUCGAUUCUAAGGCAAAUGAUGAUCAACAACGGAAAGAAAGGUUCCUUCGUCUGCAAAGGUUCUUAAAGCACUGUGAUGAGUCUUAUCAAAGAGAUUACAUCCAGGUGCUUCUGCACAUAACCCCAACUGAACUUAGCAGACAUGCGAUUGAGUUGGAGAAAAGAGCAAUACAGCUAACUGUAGAAGAAGGAAAAGAAAUGCAAAGAAUGAAGGCUCUUAAUAUAUUCGGGAAAUCUGGCCGGACAAACAAUCCAUUGCCCACGACUCAACACCGCCAGUCUGAGAAAUGAGAACUAAUGACGGUAAUAAUUAAACCGGGUGAUCGGGUUUCAUUGAAACAAGUUUGAUGUUGUUGCUGCGGACCCUUUGAACCAUCCGGCAACUUUUUGGGUGAAUUUGCUUUCCAGAAACUCCUUAAUUUCCGUCUUUAAUAAAAAGCAUGUAGGUGUUUGAUCAAACCCUAAUAUAUUUAUUGGGGGAAAUGCAGUCUUGUUAGCACCUAUAGGCUUGCUUUUCAGAUCCAAAUACGGUGCUUGUUUCUUUUACAUUCUGUAGGCAUUUCAUAUCAAUAAAAAAUAGAGAAGUGAUAGGUCUUCCGACCUCGAUUGUCGACUCAUUCUUUGAAUACAACGUGGUUGUGAAUGAGUCGAAAAGAAAAAGAUGUUUAUGAAAUUUUGUUUUAAAAGUUCUAACGGGAUUGGGAAUGAGUCGAAAAGAAAGAAAUGUUUACGGGAUUUUGUUUUCGGAAUUUUGUUUUAAGAGUUCUAACGGGAUCCAACCACGUUAUAUUCGUAAGAUGAGUCGGUAAUUAAAGCCGGAAAACAUAUCAUUUCUUUAACAAAUAAAGUAUUGUCUCUUAAUGUUGUUUUAUUAUUCAAUAUUCAUAUUUAUAGAUCCAAAUUAUUUCAAUAUGCUGUAUGUUCUAUUUUAGUUCUCUUAGUUAUAGGAGCAUGUUUGUGUUUCUUAUAUCAACAAAGUGAUUCCAUUGUUAAAUACCAAAAUUUAGCUAUAGUCCUUGAAAUUAAAUGCUCGAUCAAUGAACCGAGGCCGAGCUUGGGUCUGACUACCAGCUCGGUUCAUGACGAGCUCAAUUUUCUGUCUCGGGCUUGUCUUAAAAGCUCGGCGCGGCUUGUUUAACAAAAAUAAAUAAAAAUCAAACUCAAAAUUAAUUAUAAUCCACAUGCCACAACACAAACUAUGCACUCUCAUGGAAAAAUAGCUCGACCUCCAGCCUAUUAUCAAAUCAAAGCUACUUGUUUUUAUAAGAGAAAUCUGAACUUACAAUACUUAUAAUACAAUUUCACAGUUAAAAGUAUGAUACGUAAUACCUAAUAAACAUGAAAACACCAAAACAAAAUAGGGUUUCUUACUGAAGGCAAAGAUUUCACCUUCCACUGGACUUUGAUCUUCAUUGGACUCUUAAAAAGAGAGGAAGAAUGUAUAGAUUAAAUCAUUUUUUUUAAUGUUUGCCCUCUGGUUUUUCGUUGGUCUCUGCUCUUCACAAUUUCAUCAUUAUUGGUAUAAACAAUGAAGUGACUGAAAACAAUACCUAAAAAAAAAAAAAAAGGGUAAAAAGUGAUGAAAUUGCGACUUGCAAGAGAGGUGUUUUUCGUUGGUCUCUGACUCUCUGCUCUUCACAAUUUCAUCAUUGUUGGUAUAAACAAUGAAGUAACAGUGACUGACUACCUAGAGAAUGGAAAUUGCAACUUGCAAGAGAUAUGGUGUACGUCUGGUUUUUCAUUGGUCUCUGCUCUUGACAAAUUCAUCAAUUAUUGGUAUAGACAAUGAAGUGACUGACUACCUAGAGAAUACAAAAGAAACGAAAAGAAUACAAAAAAAAAAAAAAAAAAGAA